AUGAAGCUCAUCUACUUCGACAUCCCCGGCAAGGCGGAGGCGAUCCGCCUGUGCGCGGCCGUCGGCGGCGUCCAGCUCGACGACGUGCGCACCUCGCGGGAGAAGUUCCACGAGAUGCGAGACUCCGGCGAGCUUCCGUUCGGCCAGGUACCCGCGCUCGACGUGGGCGACGGGCGCAUCCUCGCGCAGUCGAGCGCGAUCCUCAGGUACGUCGCGACGCUCGGAGGGCUGCACCCCACGGACCCGCUCGAGGCUGCGCACGUGGACGCCGUCGCCGCGGCGGAGGAGGACUUCUUCGCGGGGAUCUCCGUGUCGAGAUACGGCGCGCGCUUCGGGUUCGAGAUGUCGGACGAGUACCGCGCGCAGGUGAGGAAAGCGCUCAACGACGAAGUGCUCCCGCGUCACCUGUCCGCGCUGCAGAAGAAGCUCGAGGCGUCGAAGACGGGGUGGCUCGCGGGGACGGAGAAACCCUCGAUCGCGGACUUUGUCUUCUCCCCGCGGUUGCGGUGGCUCGUCGGCGGCGCGAACGACGGCAUCGACCCGGGCCUCUUAGAGGGGUAUCCGGCCGUGACGGCGCUCCUCGAGAAAUUUUACGCGCUCCCGGAGGUUGUGAAAUGGUACGAGCAGCCGGACGGGGAGGAGCUCAGAGCGGAAGAGAUGCACUCGCCGAAAGGGAACUAG